AUGAAUACCUCAGCGCCACCCGCCGUCAGCCCCAACAUCACCGUCCUGGCACCGGGGAAGGGUCCCUGGCAAGUGGCCUUCAUCGGGAUCACCACGGGCCUCCUGUCACUGGCCACGGUGACGGGCAACCUGCUGGUACUCAUCUCCUUCAAGGUCAACACGGAGCUCAAGACGGUCAACAACUACUUCCUGCUGAGCCUGGCCUGUGCCGACCUCAUCAUUGGCACCUUCUCCAUGAACCUCUACACCACGUAUCUGCUCAUGGGCCACUGGGCUCUGGGCACGCUGGCCUGCGACCUCUGGCUGGCCCUGGACUACGUGGCCAGCAACGCCUCGGUCAUGAACCUGCUGCUCAUCAGCUUUGACCGCUACUUCUCCGUGACCCGGCCCCUGAGCUACCGCGCCAAGCGCACACCCCGCCGGGCGGCCCUGAUGAUCGGCCUGGCCUGGCUGGUUUCUUUCGUCCUCUGGGCCCCAGCCAUCCUCUUCUGGCAGUACCUGGUAGGGGAGCGGACGGUGCUGGCCGGGCAGUGCUACAUCCAGUUCCUCUCCCAGCCCAUCAUCACCUUUGGCACAGCCAUGGCUGCCUUCUACCUCCCUGUCACGGUCAUGUGCACGCUCUACUGGCGCAUCUACCGGGAGACAGAGAACCGGGCCCGGGAGCUGGCGGCCCUGCAGGGCUCCGAGACGCCGGGGAAGGGGGGCGGCAGCAGCAGCAGCUCAGAGAGGUCCCAGCCAGGGGCUGAGGGCUCCCCGGAGACCCCCCCAGGGCGCUGCUGCCGCUGCUGCCGGGCCCCCCGGCUCCUCCAGGCCUACAGCUGGAAGGAGGAGGAGGAGGAGGAGGAAGGCUCCAUGGAGUCCCUCACGUCCUCGGAGGGUGAGGAGCCCGGCUCGGAGGUGGUGAUCAAGAUGCCCAUGGUGGACCCCGAGGCGCAGGCCCCCGCCAAGCAGCCGCCCCGGAGCUCCCCGAACACGGUCAAGAGGCCGACCCGGAAGGGGCGUGAGCGGGCGGGCAAGGGCCAGAGGCCCCGUGGGAAGGAACAGCUGGCCAAGCGGAAGACCUUCUCGCUGGUCAAGGAGAAGAAGGCGGCUCGGACCCUCAGCGCCAUCCUGCUGGCCUUCAUCCUCACCUGGACGCCGUACAACAUCAUGGUGCUGGUGUCCACCUUCUGCAAGGACUGCGUUCCCGAGACCCUGUGGGAGCUGGGCUACUGGCUGUGCUAUGUCAACAGCACCAUCAACCCCAUGUGCUAUGCGCUCUGCAACAAAGCCUUCCGGGACACCUUCCGCCUGUUGCUGCUCUGCCGCUGGGACAAGCGGCGCUGGCGCAAGAUCCCCAAGCGCCCCGGCUCUGUGCGCCGCACCCCCUCCCGCCAGUGCUGA